AUGAAGAACCAAGCAAUACUAAAGCAACUUUCGAGGUACGAGAUCAUCAACAUUGAUACUGAAGAUAAAGUUCAUUGCUUCCCACAUUUGAUAGUUGGUCUUAAACAUUACAAGGAGUUGAGAAUUGAUCCUUUAACAGCUUCAAAAGGGUACUCCAUGAAAGAGUUCAGGCAGCUCAUAAGAAAUGCCUACUCAUUGAAGAAAUUAACUGCAAUCAAGAUUGGUUCUGAUUCACAAGAGAAGCCAAGGUUUCUGAUCUUAACAAGGACUGAUACCCGAAAAUUUUUGAAUGUCGAUGAAAUAGCCGAAUUGGCUAAAAGCAUGGGCUUUGAAGUAGUAGUCUCUGAGGCAAUGACAGAUUUGGAUAAAUUCUCUCACAUUGUGAACUCCUGUGAUGUGAUGAUGGGAAUUCAUGGAGCAGGGCUCACAAACCUUGUUUUUCUUCCUAACAAUGCAAUAUUGAUACAGGUACUUCCUUUGGGUAGAUUUGAAUGGUUGGCUUCUAAUUGUUUUGGUGACCCAGCCUUGGAUAUGGAGUUAAGGUACAUGGAGUAUCAGAUAAAAGAAGAAGAGAGCUCUUUAAUAGAACAAUACCCACUUGACCAUCUAGUUUUUAAGGAUCCUCAUUCAAUACAUAAGGAUGAUUGGGGAUUAUUUAAAUCUGUAUACUUAGAUAAGCAAGAUGUAAAGUUUAAUGUCAGUAGGUUUAAAUCUACAUUGAUAGAAGUCCUUGAGCUUCUCCACCACUAG